GCUGGUUGCACACUGACAUCACUGGAUUUUCCCCUAUCUUUAGUGUAUAUAUACUCACACUAGCUGUAUGGCGAGUAGACAACUUCAGUUCCAAAGCUCACUUACAAAGGAACACAUCUCAGAGAACUAACAGCAUGGUGAAAUACGAAACGACCAUAGUGGAUCUGGAAGCCAGCGCAGGGGGAGUUUAUCAGACAACCGUGGCACCUGUACCAGUCAAGUCCUCCAGAAGCUGGAUAUGGAAGACACUCGCAGCAAUCGCUUUUAUCGCCCUUUGCGCCGUGGCAGCUGUUUUCUUCGCCUGGCAUGUGACGAAACAGAACCAAACAGAGCUUCCCAGCUAUUCUGAGAAACAAAUCAGCACAACAACAGCUCUUCCCACACAGCAAGGCAAAAUGCUAAAGCAGAUCGCUGAGAGAACAAAAGCAGCCAUUCAUUUACAUGGUGAGCAUAGCAGCAGCCUGCCAAACGACUCCCUGAAGUGGGUCAGCGGCGUGGAUCAGUCCUUCGAACAGGGCGGCCUCAAGCUGGACGAUAACAAGAUUCUCAUUCCCGCCGACGGCCUGUACUUCGUGUACAGCCAAGUGUCCUAUUCCAUACAGUGCAAUCCGGAUGAAGAUGAACUAACUCAGAAGUUCCUGAGCCACAGCAUCUGGCGCUACACUGAUGCGGUGACAGAUUGGAAGCCUCUGCAGAAUUCAGCCCACUCCGUAUGCCAGUCCCAAGAGGAUGGGAAGACCACCUACAGCACCAUCUACCUGGGCGCUGUCUUCAAGCUAAUGCAGGGCGAUAAGCUGUCGACCAAAACCAGCCACGCGGCCGAGGUUGAGGAAAACUACGCCAAAACGUUCUUUGGAGUGUUCGCCUUGUAAAUUAUUCGCCACAUGAGUUGUGUGGCACAGUAUGAAGACAAGUGUUUUACGUUAAAACUCCCAAAGUAUGUUCUCAGGGCAUUUGCUUUUAAGUAGUUUAACUAAUGCUGAGUCCUUAUUGCAUCGUGACAUAAUGUUUUUAUUUGCUAAAACACAUCUGAUGCAGCGAGAGCCGUGUGCUGAAUACUGUGUACUCAGUCAUGAGCACUAUACCAAGGGCACUACAACUCGUAUUGUUAUUUUAAGCUAGUAUGAUGUUUAUUGCCUUACAUAUUUCGUUGUAGAAAUAGUAAGUUGUAGUAAUGGUUUAUUUAUAACUUUUGAGCGUAUUUAAUGUAUUUUUAUUUAAUAAUGUCCUAUUUAUCUAUUUAUUAAUGAUUGCAUAUGCUAUUUAAAAAAAUGAAUGUAUUGAAAAAAUUGACUGUUUUUGACACUGACAUUUUAAUGGUGAAUA